UAAAUAACCUCAUAACUUAUCUUCAGUACACAUCAUCCGUUUCAUUUUCCUCUCCACUUUUCUCCUUCUCCCACAAAAGAGUAAAGAAGAAACUCAUAUUCUGCAAAUUAAUUUGAAGGCAAAUAACAAAGAAAGAUGUCGUUCUUUCGCUAUAUACUUGAUGCAAUAUCAACCAAGGCUCACAGAGAAGAGCCAAAGAGCAACAAGGUGAAGAUCAUUGGGACGGUUGUGCUAAUGAAGAAAAACGUGCUGGAUUUCAAUGAUUUUCAUGCUGCUUUGCUUGAUAGACUGCAUGAGUUUUUGGGGAAAAAGAUCUCAUUUGCAAAAUUAAUAUUGCAAUUAGACAAAGGAAACAGAGGAACAGUUGGAGGCCCAGCAUACUUGGAGGAAUGGGCUAGCACACUAUCAUCAAUUUCGACUGGCGAGUCGCAAUUUAAGGUCACAUUUGAGUGGGACAAUAGCCAAGGAAUACCGGGCGCCGUUAUUGUUGAGAAUAAUCACCAUUCAGAGUUCUUUCUAAAGACCUUGACUUUAGAGGGGGUCCCACAAAAGGGCCGGGUCCACUUCGUGUGCAACUCUUGGGUGUACCCGGUUCACAAGUACACGUAUGAACGGGUCUUCUUCACUAAUGAUACCUAUCUGCCAAGUGAAAUGCCAGAAACUUUGAGACAGUACAGAGAAGAGGAGCUACACCGUCUAAGAGGAGACAAUGUUACAGGCGAGCUCCAAGAGCACGAUCGUGUUUAUGGUUAUGACUACUACAAUGAUCUGGGUAAUCCUGACAAGGGACCCGCAUAUGUUCGCCCCGUGCUUGGAGGCUCCAAAGAGUACCCCUAUCCUCGUAGGGGACGAACUGGACGUCCUCCUACGAAGAGUGAUCCGAAAUCAGAGAGUAGACUACCCCUCCUGAGCCUAGACAUUUAUGUUCCACGAGAUGAACGGUUUGGUCAUCUUAAGAUGUCUGAUUUCCUUGCAUAUGCGCUAAAGUCAGUGACUCAGGCUUUACUCCCCACGUUGAAUGCAUUGUUCGAUGAAACACCAAUGGAGUUUGAUUCGUUCCAAGACGUGCUUAACCUCUAUGAAGGAGGGCUUCAGCUGCCCAAGUCUCCAGUUCUUGACGAGAUUAGAAGCAGGACUCCCUUUGAGAUGAUUAAGGAAUUGGUGAGAGCCGAUGGUGAUUAUAUACUUAAGCUUCCAGUGCCACAAGUUAUCAAAGAGAAUAAAUUUGCUUGGAGGACUGACGAAGAAUUUGGACGAGAAAUGCUUGCUGGUGUAAACCCUGUAAUUCUUACACGCCUUCAGGAAUUUCCACCAACAAGUAGUCUUGAUACAAAACUAUAUGGAAACCAUACUAGCUCCAUAACAAAGGACCAUAUUGAGAAAAACCUAGACGGACUUACAGUCGAUCAGGCAUUGAAGAGCAACAGGCUCUUCAUUUUGGACCAUCACGACUCCCUUAUGCCAUACUUGAACCGAGUCAAUGCUACUUCUAAUAAAAUAUACGCAACUCGAACUCUCUUAUUCCUUAAUGAUGAUAGUACUCUAAAGCCCUUGGCAAUCGAGCUAAGCUUACCUCAUCCCGAGGGAGAAAAACAUGGUGCAGUCAACAGAGUCUUUACACCUUCCGAUCAUGGAGUCGAAGGAUCAAUAUGGCAGUUGGCCAAGGCCUAUGCUACUGUUAAUGACUCUGGAGUUCACCAGCUCAUCAGCCAUUGGCUGAACACACAUGCAACAAUCGAGCCAUUUGUGAUUGCAACAAAUCGGCAAUUGAGUGUAGUGCACCCGAUAUACAGACUUUUGAGCCCACAUUUUCGUGAUACCAUGAAUAUCAAUGCUUUGGCUCGUCAGAUUCUCAUCAAUGCUGAUGGAGUUCUUGAGAAGACCGUGUUUCCUGGGAGAUUUGCCAUGGAGAUGUCAUCUGCAGUAUAUAAAAGUUGGAAGUUCACUGAGCAAGGUCUACCAGCUGAUCUCCUCAGGAGGUACACGUGAAUUACUCACCAUAUAUUUUGUUUUCCGCCUAACGAAUUACUAUGUGUAGCUUCAACAUGUCAUAGUACAGUACAGAAUUUUCUUUUAUAUAUGUUGAUAAUAGUGUAUUGUAGUGGGUUUU